AUGUCACACCCAGGAUGGGUGAUGGUUUCAUUUUUGACGGAGUUACUUAGUACUACAUAUCCUGCCAAUGGUUAUGGUAUUUCUGGACAUAUGUAUGGUAAUGAAAUGUUACCAUCAUGUGCUAAUGAUACAGAAAUUAUAGAUAGUUUAUUAAAAGAUUCAUAUAAUAAACAUUACCUCCCAAAUCAUCCUGUUCAUGUUCGUGUUGAUAUGUGGGUUCAAGAAGUUACUGCUGUUAGUGAAUUAACUCAAGAUUUUGAAAUAGAUCUUUACAUUAAUGAAUUUUGGGAAGAUCCUGCACUAAUAUUUGAUUAUAUGAAUCCGUGUAAAAAUAACAUAUCAUUUGAUGAUAAAGUCUUACAAAAGUUAUGGAUACCAAAUACAUGUUUUAUAAACUCUAAAUCUGCCCAAAUUCAUGAAAGUCCAUUCAGGAAUGUUUUUUUAAUGGUUUUUUCUAAUGGUACAUUAUGGACUAACUAUCGUAUGAAGUUAACUGGUCCUUGUGAUAUGAACUUAAAAAGAUUUCCUUUUGAUCAACAAAAAUGUUUUCUUACAUUUGAAUCAUUUAAUUAUAAUACAGGAGAAGUUCGUAUGAAUUGGAAUCAACCAUUUCCUGUAAUGUUAUUAAAAACAAUUGAAUUGCCUGAUUUUGUUUUAAUACAUUUUACAGCUGAAAUGAUUGAACAAGUUUAUCCUGCCGGUUAUUGGGAUGAGUUAACAGUUUCAUUUAUAUUUAAACGUCGUUAUGGUUGGUAUAUUUUACAAGGAUAUAUUCCAACAUAUGUAACAAUUUUUAUUUCUUGGAUAUCAUUUUAUCUAGGUUCACGUGCUAUACCUGCAAGAACAAUGUUAGGAGUUAACUCAUUACUUGCAAUGACUUUUCAAUUUGGUAAUAUUAUAAGAAAUUUACCAAGAGUUUCUUAUGUUAAAGCUAUUGAUGUAUGGAUGUUAAGUGGUAUGUUAUUCAUUUUUUUAUCACUUCUUGAAUUAGCUGUUGUUGGGUUUAUGAGUAGAAAUGAAGGAUUACCAAAAAAAGUUAAAAAAUCAAAAGGAAAUUAUAAUGUUGAAGAAUUUUCAUGGAAAGAAAUGCCUAGUCCACAAAUUGGUUUAAGGCAAUUUUGGGUUGAAAAAAGGCAUUCAUUAAAAAAAAAUUGUAAUAAAGAUGAUAUGAAUAUGAGAAUUUCAGAAUUAGGUCCUGUUAGUGGUCAGGUACCAGGAAAUAUGAUAAAUAUGCAAGAUUCAAUGACAUGUACUGUACCAAUUAUUAAAAGAGAUCAUUCAGUAAGUUUUCAUAGAAAAUGGUUGAAAAGAAUAAAACUUGCAUUUAAACAUCUUAAACCAGAAACUGUUGAUAAGUAUAGUGCAAUUCUUUUUCCAACAGCUUAUUUUAUUUUUAAUUUUGGAUAUUGGGGAUAUUAUUUGACAGACCUUUCAUCAGUAGAGGAAGCGACAGUUGCUUAA